CCCAGCCUAUUUACCGGUCAGCUGCCGAUUGUCAUCGAUGGACAGCCUCCGACUCCGGCAUCCUCCGCAGCUGCCGUGGAACAGCCGCUGCCGCUGCCGCCACCGCCACCGCCAUUUCUACCCCCAGCCGCAGGCGACUCCACCAGCACCUGUCCACUGCGCGCUGAGCAAGCAGGGCCAGCGCCUCGUCCACAGCCUGACCCUCGCCGCCGGAGAUGCCGCCGCCACCGACCGCUUGAUGAAGAAAUUCAUCGCGGGCUCACCGAAAUCCGUAGCUCUCAAUGCUCUGUCGCAUCUCCUUUCCCCCGGCGCCGCCCAGCCCAACCUCUCCUUUCUCGCUCUUCCGUUCUAUCUGAGGAUCAGGGAGGCUUCCUGGUACAAAUGGAAUCCCAAGUUAGUUGCCGAGCUCAUCGCGCUGCUCGAUAAACAAGGAAAGUUCGAGGAAUCGGAUGAGCUUACUGCAGAAACCGUUUCGAAAUUUGAGUUUCGUGAGCGAGACCUCGCUCUGUUCUAUUGCAAUCUGAUCGAGUCCCAUGCCAAACACAAAUCUGAUCGAGGAUUCCACGCCUCUUUCGCUUAUCUGCAGCAACUUCUCCGAAAUUCUGCAUCUGUUUACGUGAAGAAGAGAGCUUAUGAGUCCAUAAUCUGCGGCUUGUGCGAGAUGGGUCGGCCCAUCAAAGCGGAGAAUAUUAUUGUCGAGGUGAGACCCAAAGGGAUCUUACCUUCAGCUUUCGAGUUCAGGACUCUGGUGUAUGCGUAUGGGAAAUCAGGGUUGCUUCCAGAGAUGCUGAGAUUAGUUGACUCCAUGGAAAGUGAGGGAUUUGAGAUCGAUACUGUGUGUUCGAACAUGGUUCUUUCUUCUUACGGAGCCCAUGGUGAACUAACUCAAAUGGUUCAUUGGCUUCAAAGGAUGAAACUCAGGGGUGUUCCUUUCUCGAUCCGUACUUAUAACACUGUCUUAAACUCAUGCCCCACAAUUGUGUCAAUGACGAAGAACACGAGUGAUUCUCCAGUCUCGAUCGAGGAGUUGAAGGAGGUUUUGGAUGGCCAGGAGGCUUUGCUGGUCCGAGAGUUAAUAGAUUCUCCUAUUAUAAAUGAGGCAAUGGAGUGGAGUACCUCAGAAGCAAAAUUGGAUUUGCAUGGCAUGCACUUGGGUUCAGCUUAUGUGAUCUUGUUACAAUGGAUGGAAGAGAUGAAACGAAAGCUUGGUGAUGGUAAAGCUGUAGUUCCGGAGGAAGUCACCAUAAUCUGUGGAUCAGGGAAACACAGCAGUAUCAGAGGAGAAUCGCCCAUAAAGGGCAUGGUGAGAGAGUUGCUGAUUCGAGCGAAGAGCCCGAUGAGAAUUGAUAGGAAGAACAACGGGUGUUUAGUAGCCAAAGGAAGAGUCUUCAGAGACUGGCAAUGUAAAAGGUAAUGACUCCGGCUCCUGUGGUUGGAAUAGGAGAGAUGGAACUAAGCGAGAAGCAAGCUUGACGUGCUUCGAGGAUUCACACCUGCAAGAACCAUAAAGUUUGUCAUCAAUAGUCUGUUGGAAGAUUGAGAAAUAUUUUGAUUACUAGAUGUGGCAGAAAAGCUUGGAUGCUUUUAGUCCACAUAGCGAAAAAUCAUUAGUAUUCGAAAAUUUCACGACCUUGAUGCUCAGCAUUGCAAGUAGUGAGUUGGCAAUUAAAUGGCGUGCAGCGCUGCUUAGUCAAAGGAGACGAGCUGAAUGGCAAAAAAAUUUCUCA